AUGUUAGAAGAUAUCCCUGACAGAAUUUUUGGUGACUCUACUGUCACGAGUGUGCUGCUGAGUUCAGACACCCGCAUGGAACAAGGGGUGAGGGUGACACAAAGAGAAGCGUUGGGUCAGCCCAGUGGCAGGCGUCCGGUGUCUCCAAUAUUUUUCUUCUACAUUCAUAUGGCACAGAGUGUGGAACAGGAAGAGUGGAGACGAGGGGCCAGCAAGAGAGGCCUAGGAGAGCACUCCCAGGUCUCCCUGAGCUCUGGUGACAUGGAGGAGGCCCGGCAGCUCCCACCUGCCCUAAAGCAGCACAGAGUGGAAAGUGGAUUUACAAUGUGUCAGACAGGGUGGCAACAUCUUGUGGCAUGUGGCUCACAUGUCUGCGAUGGGAAAGAGGAUCUUGAUGAUUUAAGAAUGGAGGGAGUAACUACCCUGGUACCUUCUGGGAGCAAAUUUAACCAAGGUCGAGCUACUCACUCUGCUGAACCUCAGGCCAGAGUCACACUGAACAUCUGUUCAAGGUGUGCCAGGCUUCAAGGAGACAACUUGGCAGAAAGGACAGAAGAAACCUCGCAAAUACUUCAUUCUCCAGAUGAAAUAAUCCCAGAUUCUUUGGAUUCUUUACCUGGAACUGAAGACACACUAAUGGAAGACGGUGAAGAAUUUGAGAAAGCAUCUAAAUUAACAGGACCUGGAGAAGCCUCCAGUGGAGGACAGUCAUUGAAAAACUACAUGGAAGAAGAUGACUCUUUAAAGCAGUUGCAGGUGGUUCAUCAACCGUGGAUCCUCCCAAGUGACACAGAAAGUGAAGGAGUGGAAGCAGAACAAGAGAAACACCUAGUGAAUCAGAGUCUCUGUGCAUGGGACUCUGAAUUCUGCAUUUCUUAUAAACUUCUCAGUUAA